UCAAGAAAUUUUUUUUUCUUUUUGUUUAAUGGUUCUGUGUGGCGGAAGGAGUGGCGUGCCCUUUUCGGGAUCCGAUUUUCCUGGAAAACUGUUUGAAUCGAGCUUUUAAGCUUUUCGAGAGCACAUGCUUAAGAGCUUCGCUGGCUGCUUGAAGUUCAUUCUCCAUUAUCUUCUCUCGAGAAAGUGAAGAUUUUCCCUGCUUUUAUAUUGUGUUUUCCGGGGAAAAAAAAAUGAAAGAGGUUGGGUCGAUAGUGUGAGCAAAGAUCGAGGCUUUGUUGCCAGUGAAAAAUUCAUUAGCUUGAGGUGGUGAAUCUGUUUUUCUCGUGUUGACUCAGUUUCAUUGGUCUCUGCGACUUCUCAGGUUUUGCGUGAACUGGGAGGGAACAAAAGUUGCAAGCUUUCCGAUUGGUGAGGGAGAGAGAGAGAUUUUCGUUCCACGCCCAAGCUUUUUCCGGGGGAAGUUUUGGAUUUUCGCUUAAAAGCUUCUUCACCUUACGCUUCUGCUGCAUCAUCAGUACCAGGAGAACAAUUAUGGGGGUGAAAGUGCCGACGGCCUGUUUUCAGUGGUCGCAGCCGAUCGUUCCCCAAUCACCGUCCUGGUCUCAAACUCUAGCCUCCUCGAUCUCGUCUCCUUCCUCGCGGCGGCGAGUGCGAAGCAACGUCGGGCCUCUAUUGUGCCGGUACGAGCAGAGUGUGGAACGCUGUGCUCUGUUCGGCGCUCCGUCGAAGAAGAAGAUCCACAGGUUCCGAUCCUCUGAUUACUCGAAGCCCAGAGCUCGCACUGUGAAGCGCGCUUGCAGUGCGGGCCUUGAUGAUGCUUUCUCCGACGAGGAGUUCUCGAAGAAGAUUCAAGAGUUGGCACUCAGGUUUCAGCUCUCCGACGACGUUAAUGGUGGCGUGGAUAGUACACCUGCUGAUGCAGGGGCAGUGGCAGAGCCGGCCUCUGACUGUGGGGAGGACGAGGUUUCUUCGAGAAUGAACAGUAGCGUCAACUUUGACUCUGAACGAAUGCAACUUCCAUUGUCGAAUAUCGAGCAUAAGGAACAUCCAUGGCAAGACGAGAGAAUUGAGCGAGAUUCUUCAGAUUAUGAAGGCGACGACGCGAUCAUCCCCGCGAAUGUUGAGCGGAGGGCGAAUAGCGUGGAUCUCCCGCUCUCACUGAGGAUGAUCAAGAGGAAGAUGCAAUGGAAGGAGGGCUUUAGAGAGGCCGGUGAAUCGGUGUAUUGCUCAGUGAAGAAGGCCUUCUCGUCGAUGGUUUUCAUCAUCCGAGAGCUCCACUGCUUCGCUAUGCAGAUGAGGGAGGUCCUGUUUUACGAGGAUUUGCAGGGGAUUCUGGCCCGCGUGCAGCGAGAGAUGCACGCCUCGUUCGUUUGGCUGUUUCAGCAGAUUUUCUCGCACACGCCGACCUUGAUGGUCUACGUGAUGAUCUUGCUGGCAAAUUUCACGGUAUACUCGAUGGGGAGCAACGCAGCGAUUGCAGCCGCACCGCCAGUUGGGAUUUAUGCCGCUGCCACGGAGACAGCUUCCGCUGUCGAAGUUCGAGACGAUUCACAGCAGAAGUUCGAUUCAUCAACCGUUAAGACUUUUUCGAUUUCGUCUUCCAGCGGGAAGACGACUUCGAUCGGUGGAAACAAUGGUGGGGGCGGGAAGGUUCGGCCCAUCGCCAGCGGCAUGGACGGCGAGGGACAGUUCCACCGGUCUGACAACUACGGUCAGAUGCUUCCCGACGGAGCUUCUCAGUUAUCCUCAUUCGGGACCACGAGAGAAGCCGAGCCGGUCCCGGGGCAAUCGCUCCGGGAGGAGGAGAUGCGACUGUGGAACUCGGUGGUCGAGGAGGCUUCGCAAAUGCAGGCAUCCUCGAGGGACGAGGCCCUCGACCACGAGACAAUGCAGAAGUUCGUCUCGCCGGUGACGGCGAAACCCGAACCCGACGACGACUACGCGGAGUAUUUCAGGACGGAGCUGACCUACCAGACCAGCCUAUACCAGGAUCCUAGCAACGCUGUCCUCCUCGUCAAUUACGCUCAAUUCCUCUACCUCGUCGCCCAUGACUACGACAGAGCGGAGGAGUACUUCAAGAAGGCGGUGGCGGCGGAGCCGGCGGACGCGGAGGCGUACAGGAAGUACGCGAGCUUCCUGUGGAGGGCGAGGAACGACCUGUGGGCGGCGGAGGAGAUGUAUCUGGAGGCGAUAUCGGUGGACCCGAGCAACUCGUUCUACGCCGCGGACUACGCCCACUUCCUGUGGAACACCGGGGGCGAGGAUACGUGCUUCCCCCUCUCCUCGCCGGAGGACCAAGCCCACAUCGACUGUGGCAGUGACCCCCAUGAAGCAUGACAAUCAGUUUUUGAAAGCAUGAAAGAGAAAACAAGC